AGGAACUUCAUGAGCAGCAUCAGGACCAAGUGUUUGCCAGAGGGAAAAAGACAUGCUCUGAAGAAACUUUGGGUUCAGGGAUCACAGCGGAUGCCACAGGUGUAGCCGCUGGGCUCAACAGAGUAAUGGCUGUUCAGACUGCAAUCAUGAACCCUCAGUUCAUGAAUUUCUGCUUCCCUGGUUCUGUGAUGGAGUACGAUGUUGAGAAAAGUCUGGAUGGGAGUCUCUUGGGCGAGGCAGAAAAUGACGAGGACUACAAAGAGACCACUAGGGACUUGCUGAGCUUCAUAGACUCAGCCUCCAGCAAUAUCAAGCUGGCUCUGGACAAGCCAGUGAAAUCCAAGAGGAAAGUGAACCACCGGAAGUAUCUACAGAAGCAGAUCAAAAGGUGCACCGGCAUUAUAACACCAGGAAACGUAGCAGAAGCCCCAGUUAAAAGACAGGGUUCCCCCCUGGCUCAGCCCAGCCCUUUGCAGAGCAAAACUCUACCUAAACGUGAUGGGGUCCAGGCCAACUUACAGAGUAAGAGCCUGGCAGCUCUUUUUAGCCCUGUGAAGGAUAUAAGGGGUGAAAAAGCCAAGAAACCACCCCUGAGGCAUCGCAAUCUGCCCCCCUCUUUUUUCACUGAGCCUGCCAACUGCUCCAAAGUCAGCUCCACAUCUGGGAUGACGUUGAAGGACUUGGAACGAGGCAAUCCUGAGGCUGCAGAGUUCUUCGAGCUCUUGGGGCCUGAUUACAGCAACAUGGUCAGCGACCAGGACCUUUAUCAAAGCAUGCCUGUGCGGGUGCAGCCAGAGAUGGGAGGCCCUGAUCCUGCUUCCUACGAUGCCCACCAUUUAGUCGGUGGUCUCCUGUACGCUGAGCCCUGGACUAGCUGCUCAGGACCCUCUAAAAAACUAGGGGAGAGCCUGCGUACAGGCCCAACCCAGCCUCCUGUCUACUGUCCCUCUGAGGCUGCCUCUGGGCCCAUAGAGGACAACGCACUGUGCACUUUGGCCUUCCCCAACUUCUUCACAGACUGCUCCAUACCUCAGGUCACUUAUGAUUUAAGUGGUGGUUAUAACAGAGCUAAUUAUUCAUCUCUAUGAGAAACUGACAACUCUGUUCUUAGAAGUGCUGUUAAAAAGAUAAAGUUGCUGUGAGAAGUUUAACACUAGUCUAAGAAAGUUACUGUAUCAUAUUUGUUGAUCUGUUGUGGCAGUCAUAUUGCAACUGGAUUUAAAUAUUUUGUAUCAUCCUCUCUCAACAACAUGUGUGACUUUUCCUAAGAGAAACAUGACGUCUUUCAUAAAAAAAAUGUCCAAAGCUUCUCAAGUGACUGAAUACUUUUCAACACCCCAGUUUAAUUUACGACAGUUCUGUUAAAUUGUUCCACACGUGGAUAUUAUUUUCUGUAUCUCAGGCAAUUUUCUAAUGACAUUCUGAAUGAAAAUACAUCUGACUUUGGGUAUGCUUCAGCUUUGUCAGCAGAGUAUGUGAGUCUGUUCAUUAGGAUGCAUCUUAUUAAUUUGGGUAUUUGUUACUGUAGUCAUUUCAUCCCAACAUUUUCACAUUUUGCGAAACAAAAACACACAAGCUGCGGAAAUAGCUGUUGGUUUAGUACACUAAACAUCACUUAUUGCUAGAAGAUGAGAUUAUAGAAGUGUUUGUCACUGUUUGUCGCUGCAGCAGUCUCUCAGCAAGGCACUUUUUCACUCCUGUAAGUAAGAGCUCUGUGUGGAGACAUACUGUAGAGGGGGGAACUCAUUUUUUGCUGAAAUGAUGAUGACAACAAUGUGUGAUGCCGUGUUUGUUUGACAACAUUUUACAGCUCAGAAAUGAUUUCCAGUCAGCAGAUUUACCAUUUGUAUCAAUUUUGUUGGAGAAGCCUUAAAUGUAUCUAGCUAUUGUAAGAGGACAAAAUAAAGCUGGUCUUUAUU